UAUAGAAAAAUGUUAAUUAAAGUAAAGACUUUAACUGGCAAGGAAAUUGAACUUGAUAUUGAGCCAACAGACAAAGUGGAUCGAAUCAAAGAAAAGGUAGAAGAAAAAGAAGGAAUUCCUCCGCCACAACAACGUUUAAUUUUUGCUGGGAAACAAUUGAGUGAUGACAAAACUGCUCAGGAAUGUAAAAUUGAAGGUGGUUCUGUUCUUCAUUUGGUUUUGGCACUACGUGGAGGCGAUGGAGACAAAUUUAAUUUUUGA